AUGGGCUCGGGAGCUUGGCCGGAGCGCGAAGGCGAGGCGGAGGCGGGGGCCGGCGGGGGCGGAGAGGGGCGGCGGGCUCAGCCCGGCCGGGGCCCCGCGGCGGCGGCGGCGGCGGCGGCGGCGGAGGAGGGCAGCGGCGGGCGCCUCUGCCCGCGGCCGCCCCCGACGGAGCUGCAGCCGCAUAAAUCAGCUCCGCCGGGAGUUGGCCCCAAACAAAGCGCCCAGGGGGAGAGGCGGGGGCCGAGGGGAGAGGCGCCUGGCAGAUGGGGGGGGGGGGGGGGGGCGGGGGCGAGAUCUCAGCCAAGCGCAGGGAACGGACCGUCCCGGGCUGGGAAAGGGAGAGGCUGCGAGCCACAGGUGGGCAAUCCCGCCAAACUCGCGCUCCUGCUGCGAGGGGCUUCUCGGUCCCUAGCUCCCCUCGGUCUCGGGGACCCCGGUGCAGGCAAGGAACGGAUCGCCCCAAAGAGGAGCCCGGGUUCGGGCGGCUGCUGCUCAGGGCAGGCACGGAACCGGUGGCGCUCCCCGGCUAGCAGAAGCGGCGCGCGGGACCGGCUCCUGUCCAGGCGCCCGAGCGGCACCGACGGCGACUGUCCAGGCGGGCGGGCAGCGGAGGCUGCUUUGGAGACUAGCCACGGCAGCAUCACGCCCCCCCUCCGAUCCCCGCCGGCUUCCCGGUGCCUCCCGCCUGAGGGGCUGCAGUCCGCGGAGCCUGCCAGCCCGCCUCCCCGCCUCGCCCGCCGCCCGCUGCGCCCGAUCUACUCACUGACCAGGAGCCGCUGCCCCCGUCAGGGGGGAUCCCGAUCGCUGUCAACGUUCUCCCGCCUCCUGGAGUCACACCAAGCGCCCCUGCCCCCAACUCUGCGGGUCCCAGGCGGGAGGCCGGCACUGGCCUCGGCCCGGCUCUUCCCCGGCCGCCAGCCCCUCCCCCUGCCGGCCUCAGGCCCUCCACUCCGGGCCAGCCAGUGCUCGCGCUCCUCGCCCCUCUUUAAAGUGGUGGCUCAGCCUUCGCCCCGCUUCAGUGUAGCCCGAGAUCACAGGGACCGAGGGAACAGAGAUGGUAAAACUUCAGGCUAAAGAGAUCCCAUGCCUCAUCCAGGGACCCACAAGUCCUAAGCAAGGACUGGCAUCUAACCCCCAGGGCUGCUGAGACUUUAGGUUCACUGACUUUUCCAUUCAAAUAUGGUGCUCAUUUAAGGCUUCUGUUUCCUCUGGAAACUGGAUAAAUUUCUGGAAAAUGAAGGGGUGCAGCUCUGUGAUCACCGAGGACCCCUUGGAGCUCUCUAAAGCCCCUGGCUUUAUGACCAGCAGUUUCCAUACUGGUAUUUGGAGAGUAGGUGAGAAAACAGAAGCCAGAAGAUGUUUGGCAACAGGUCCCUCAUGAGCUGUCACAAAGGGGUUACAGUGAAACAGGUGUGUAGCUUUUCUUCCAAAUCAACCCUUCUUCUUGACUUCCUUUUUUUUUCUGUAGAAGGCACCCCCAUUCUUCCCAGGCUCACAGCCUAAGAGUCAGACGUCUGCUCUUUAUUCUCAUCUACACCCCAUACUCAAUCAGUCAUCAGGUCCUGUCCAUUCUGCUUCCAAAAUUCUUUGUAGAUUUUCUCUACCUACUCAUCUAUCCCAUGUUCUUUACUCACUGGGCCCCUGCCUUAAUUCAGUCUCUCAUCAGUUACAAUAACCUCCUAAUAGGUAUCCUUGCCUCUAGUUUUUCUCCUCUCCAACCAAUAUAUCCCCUUACAUCUGUCCAAGUGAUCAAUUGCCAUUUAUUGUCAACUUUCUACCAGCUACCAUGCUAAUUGCUUAGGAUACAAAGAGAAAAAAUGGAGUUCUUGAUCACCAGGAACUUCAAUUUUAUCAAAUGCUCUUAAGUCUAGUUUUAUAUAUGAUUUAUAUUUGUUUGCUUAAUUGUGUGAUCUUGUUUUAUUUUUUUCCCCUAUAGCAGAGUACAAAUUGCUUGAGGCCAAAAGCUAUUUACCAUUUCUCCCCUGAUUUUUUAAUGACUAAUAACGUGCCUGUCACACAGUAGGUAUUUUAAAAUGCUCGCUGGAUUGAGUUGAAAUAAACAAAACUUUGGGUAGCUUUCAAAUUUUGAUGCUGUUCCAAGCUCGCCCUAAUUUUAUACCUCACCCAAGGACACAGAUGCUUUGUCCCGGCUCUUGGGCAGACUUAAUAACCAUCCAAAAGAGGAAAGCCUUCGUCCUGCUCUUACAAGGCAGCAUGCACACUUUCCAGAGAUCGCUUUGCAGACCUUAGGAAUGCAGCCACCCUUGAGAUUCUGCAGUGCUACAAUUAGGAAAAAGCAUUGGAAUUCAUAAUUCCCAGGAGGACCAUGGGUCUCUAAACAGGCUCAGCAAUCAAGACAAACACAAGAUUGGAGCGGAGUAACUGAGUAUUGUAGGGGAAUAAAAGGAGGUUUAUGGAUCCAUUUCACGUCAUUCUUCAAUAUUAGAAGAAUAUUGAUCCACUGUAUCCUGAAAUGAAGCAAUGUGUUCUUCUCCAUUCAUAUCCACAACAUCCACACAAACUAAAUUCUUUUCUCAUCUACGCUACUCAGAACAUUUCCAGGGUCAUUCCUUCCUGUGACAUCUAUUUUCUCAGUCCCUCAAAAGGGUCCCUCAAAUAUUGCUAGAGCUCAUUUUGCCUGUAACUUUUCUCCUUAAUCCAUUAUCUGGACUAAUCUAUAUGCUUGUCCCAAUUGCUUUCUCCUUCCUCACAUAUCCUUGAGGGCAGAGACUGCUAUUGUUUUAUUUUCUGGGGGAUGGAUCUCUGAAAGUAGAUUAAAAGUCAUGGUAGAUUGGGUCAUGCCCAAUGGCAGGGAGAGUUAUGUGCCUAUCAAUGAUUGUACAAAGGCAGGAUGUGAGCCCCUCUGUCGACUGGGGCAUGUUACAUGUCGCCUUGUCCAUAGUAAAUAUCUAAUAUGUGUUUGCAUUAAAGAUUUCUCAAUUCUAAAGACUAAAACAAGGAACUUCCGUGACUAAUCUCCUUAGAACACUAAGAUUACAAAAGGAAAAAUCCUUCCUGGAUGUUGAUCAUCUUCCAAUAUUACAUGCCAUCAAAGUCUCAGUAAUGUUUGGAUUUCUUAAUUUAGGGCAGUUGAGAUGCAAGUGAAUUCCUCAGAAAACUCUUUGAACUUCUGAAGGAUUUCCCUGAUCACAACAUAGUAAGUCAACCAUGUAAAACAGAGCUUCAGCUGCCCCAUUAUCAGAAUUAUUUUUUUCUUCCACAACAUUCUUCAUAAUGUGAUAAAAGUGUGAAAAUACUCAUUUUCAGAAAAAGAACUGAGAAAAAAAGGUGGGAGGAAGGAAACCUCAGUCUUACUGAGUACAACUUUUGUUUUGAAAAAAAAACAAAACAAAACAACAACUGGGUAUUGUUAAGAGUAUUUUGGACUUGUGUCCAAAUGUACUUUUUGUAUUUACUAGCUUUUGGAGUACAGGCAGGUCACUUCAACCCUCUCUCAAUCUCAGAGGUGUUCAUCUGUAAGAUGAAAAUGGUGAAACCUGUAGAUCACCCUGAUCUACACCCCUGAAUAAGAGAACUGAUACAAGGAUAGAAAUAUCAGUUAUUUUUAUGUAGAACUUGCUUUGUUUGUUCUAGCUCAUUUUCUGUACUAUUGCUCCCAAUAGCCCUAACUAGCCUCUUUAACUUUUCAGUUCAAUCAUUUUCAUAGAUCUCUGCAAACCUUUUCUACUGUUUAUCAAACACUAGGAUUACAAAGAUAAACACAAUAUUGUCCUUGUAGUCAGCUGUUCACUUUUAUGAUGUCAGUCAAAAAUCAAUAAGCACUUAUUAAGCAAGAGAGAGAGAGAGAGACAGAGAGAGAAAGAGACAGAGAGGCAGAAAGACAC